CAGAGGUCAAGUUGGAGACCAUUAACAAAGUUUUAUGAAUAAAUGAAUAACUUACUAAGAGCGUAAUUAAUCAAAAUAAUAUUAUAAAGCAAAUUUGAUGAUCGAAAACAUUACCGGUGACAAAAAAAAAUUAAAUUAAAAGUGUGCUAUUUUGAUUUUAAUACUCUAAGUCACAAGGACAAAUAUCAAUUAGGCCUACCUACUUGUGUGUAUUCGUCAUUAGUGACAUUAGACAUUAGUGUCAUUAGUGAUCUCUUUUAUUUGAUGUACCGUUUGCGCUUGCUAAGUGAUAAAUAAUUUUAUUUUUUCAUAACCAUAGCCUUAUUAAAAAGUCUAAUUAAUUUUUUUUUAAAAUACAGUAGUAAUGGUAUAUAAUUAUUAUUACGAUAUAAUAAUUUUAUCUGUUCUAAUUCUAAAUUUUAGAGGGUUAGAAUUAGAAACUUUACUUUACAAAUUUCAAAGGUUGUUUGUUUAUGAAUAGGAUCCCAAGAAAAUGUCAUCAGAUAGAAUAUAUAGGCCUACCCAUGACAAUGGUCAUUGGUCAAUGGUCAUACAUAAGGUCCAUAUUCAUAAAGCAAUGGCAAUGGUCAUCGUUGGAUACAGUAUUUCUUUCAGAAAUUUUCCACGGCACGGGGGGGGGGGGGGGGGGNUGAUUUAUUGUUGGACAUAUUUUUGUUCGGAGAGGGGGGGGGGGGCAUUUGGCUUUCCCCGGAGAUAUAGCUGAAAGAAACCCUGGUUGGAUAUAUUAAAUACCCUACAGUAGGUCAUGUAAUUGAAAAACUGAGCCUGGAGCUAGCCUAAAUAUGGUAGCCACCCCCCCUCCAACCCUGUUUCAUCAAUCAUUGUCAUUGACAACAUAUAUGACAACAUAUAUGAGAGAGGUCUAUAUGUGGAUGAUUGACAAUUUUUGUUCCCCACUGAUAUUGGCACCCCAAUGGCUGCACACUUCACCCCACCAUUUCACCCACAAGCCUCUUUUUUUUUCCCCCAUGGCACUGAGGGGCCUAUAAGUAAGAUAAACCACCCAACAUAGGUCCACUUUUAAAUUUUUCAGUUUUAUAUAUUUUAUAAACUAUUGCAAGCUAUCUAGUGGGUAUUCAAGUGAACCUUUUACCACUUUCUGGUGUGUGCAUAUUGAAAUAGGAAUGAUUAUCAUUAUGAAUUAAAAUAUAACAUUGAAUGUAACUGUAAAUACAAAACCUUUUGGCUUACAGACUCCCAAUAAACAUGAUAGCAAGGCGGCGUCUUUUAAACUUACUUCACCUGAACAAAGCAAGUACAUUCAUUUUACUUAAAGAAAUCUUAAACGAAAUCUGAUCUAUUUUUUAAAAAUAUAUAAACCAAAAAACCCACAAAUUUUUAAAUAAAAUGAUUAAGCGUUAAAUUUCCAAUAUGUAGAAAAAAUAUUUUAAUAAAUAUAGACCUAUUACGUAAACAUAAAAAUAAAUUAAGUCAAUUAUUUUAUCUCUGGUGACAACAAUUUAAUAUUCAAUUCCUAUUUCAAAUUGAAUGCAUUUUUUCAUCUUUAAUUUCUCAUUUUAGGUCAGUCAGUAUCAGAUUAAUAAAUAUAACUUAUCCACAUCAUGUCUUGAAAUAAAAGUGUCCAAAAGUCCAGUUUUAAUUGAUGAAGAAGUCAACAUUAGAGUCAAUGGAUUGAAACAAGGACAGAAGAUAACAAUACAAACCUACAUGAAAGAAGGUGACAAAACAUUUGGAUCUUGUGCUCAUUUUACAGCUGACUGUCAGGGGAAUGUGGACACUUGUAGAGAUCAUUCUCAGGGGGGAACAUUCACUGGUAAAAUUAUGAUUAUAAUGAUACUAUUCAUUGGUAAAAUUAUGGUUAUAAUGAUGAUAUUCACUUGUAAAAUUAGGGUUAUAAUUAUGAUAUUCACUUAAAUAUUAUUUAAUCAACAUCCACUUAUUGUAACUUGAUAACCUGAAGAGACAUAUUGACUAUGCAAGUCCAAAAGAUUUCUAAGAAAAAAUAGGUACUUGAAUUCUCUUUAAGGACUCACAAGCCAUUCCCAGUAAUCUAAUUAAUUGUUCUCACUUUUUAUAAUGUCAUUUAAAUUUAGCUAAUUGUUAUAUUUUGAAAAAUAUUAAUAGAGUGUUUGAUUUAUUUUUGCCUGGUUGAAAGCCAAUAGAAUUAUUUUUAUGUUUUAUUUAAUCCCAAACUUCAAGGUUUAGAGCCAAUGGGAUUGUUCUGGAGUGCCCGAACAACUCCCGGAGUUAAACCUGGCAGAUUGUUAAAGACAGAUGUUAUGUCCCCAUAUGAUGUGACCAUAGCUGUACAAGAUGAUUUUAAAGAAUUUGACAGUCUGCCUUGGUCAGAAAAUUUCCCUUGUCUUACAUCAUGUCAGCUACAACGCUCCUAUGUUUUACCUGGAGUUCAAAGGUUCUCAAUUAAUGAGAAUGGACUUCAAGGAACAUUUUACACUCCACUAGGUUAGAAGAAUUUACACUGUAAAUUACAAUGUAAAUUACACUGUAAAUUACACUGUAAAUGAAAGAGUAUUGGAGUCUUAUCUUAGCAUCAUAUUGAUGUGGGUGAUUUAAGAUUCUAAUUAAAUAGUUUAAUAGACCAGCAGUCAGUAAUUGGUGCCAAUAGUGGCCAUUGAAUAUAUAUUUUACUAUAAUUUAUCAGAUUGUCAGAUAUCUGAUCCCAAUUAGCCAGAAGCACAUUUAGAUGGCUGUAUAACAUUUUUUUAAAUCAGAAUAUUAUAAUGUACAUUAAAUAAAAAAAUAGUGUCUGUUCCUGCAGGAAAUGGGCCAUUCCCAGGAGUAAUUGACCUGUUUGGACUUGGUGGUGGGAUUGUUGAAUUCCGAUCAGCUUUACUGGCAUCUCAUGGCUUUGCAUCUUUUGUGCUUGGUUAUGUUGGUCUCCCUGGCCUAUCCAGGAAUGAACUGGAUUUGAACCUUCACUACUUUCUGGUGAUUUGGACCUUUUUUGUGUUUCUGAUGAGUUGAAUUCAUGAAUUAAUAGUAAAUACAAAAAUUAAUGAAAAAUAUGUCUUGCUAAUUAUAAGCUACUUUUGUCAAAUAAAUGUUUGUAUAUUAUUUUUUUCACUUAUUGUCAACUUUUUGUUGAUAGUUAUGCAGUAAUUAUGGCAUAUCUUUAACUACUGGGGUUUUGGUUUAUGGUUAUGUUCAUAAUAAUUAAUACAAAGACUAGUCCACAAUGCUUUUGUUAUUAUAUUAUAGUGUUGAAGAUGAAUCAAUUAAAAAAUAUAUUGUAGAGAGCAUUUGAUUGGAUGGCAUCUCAUCCAUCAGUUGAUCCCAACAAGCUCGGUGGCAUUGCUACUUGUGUUGGUGGUGGUUACCUUCAGUUUAUUGCAUCCAGGAGACCUUCUGUGAGUUAUCUCAAACUUUCAUAUAAAUUUGAAGAUUUAACUCUAUGCAGGAGCUAACCAGACUAAUCACUCAUAUACAUAUGUAUCUCAAUUCAAAUUUUAACAAAAAUAUUUGUAAAAAAUUAGAGAAAAAAACAAUACAAAUAAAAGUGUGUUAAUUUCUAGUGCAGGAUUUUACAAACUCUAAUACUUUAUGAACAGAUGAAAUGCUUAGUGACUGUCAAUGGUACAGGGAUGCCUAUUGCUAGUAAACAACUAGUGGAGGGAAAAGAAGCAGAGGUGCUCAGUUUUAAAUUUGACCGUGUCAAAUAUAUUGAUGAUCUGGUCAUCUUCAGAGACAUGAUUCAGCCUGGGGAUAGGCCUAUCCCCUCUUCCUGUCCAGUAAGUAGAUAAAAAAUUGACAACAUUUGUUCAGGGUAUGUCUGGAGACAUUCAGUCAUAUCUGGGAAGUGGGAAGAGACCCAUAGGAGUGACCCUAAAACAUGUAUUUGGUCAUAAAAAGUGGCAAUGAAAUAUGUCUUGAUUUUCCAGGGAUGGCAACAUGGUGCAAAGAUAUUUGCCAUCCAUGGAUUGGAUGACCAGUGUGUGAACCCAAUAGCUCUGGAUGCUUUUAAGAAAAAUCUACCGGAAGAGUUCAAAAAUAACUUAACCUGGAUAUCAUAUCCUGGAACUGGACAUCUACUGGAACCGCCAUAUGCUCCGAGAUGUGGGACAAGUUUUAACAAAAUAUUGAGUAAGUUUGUUGAUGGGGAAGUUUUAAUAAAAUAUUUGGUUCUGAGAUUUAGGAAAUUUUAAAGAUUAAAUACAGAAAUUUUGUAUUAAAACUUUAUGAAAAUGUAUCAGUAGAAAUAAGCAGUAGCAGUACAAUUUUUGAUAGAUUAUUUUGAUUUUCCACCAGUCAAAUUUAGGGGCAGAAAGGAAAGUUAAUUUAGAGCUUUCCUUGAGGCAACCCCCACCCUUAAGGAAGCUGUGCAUAGGGUAAUCUGCCCCUUUAUUGGCUUGGAUUCUACACCUGCUACUCACAUCUCACCCUGGUACAACGUGAGGUGGAAAGCAUGAUGGGACCAAAAGAGUUAAUCUAACAUCGUAUUAUAAGGGUUACUGCUGUAGGUGAUGCCAGUAGAUUUCGCAGAGGUGGUGGGAUGCAAAUCUCUGACCUUGUUGAACUUUCAGGAUUGCUAUUUCCCAUGAAUUUAAUGAAAUUAUCUCCAUUACUUCAGGACGUCAAUUACAGUCUUAGAUUACUGUCAUUAUAGUUUUAGAUUCCUGUCAUGAAAAUCUUAGUUUCAUGUUAGUACAGUUGAAGGCUCCUGUCAUUAGGAAUUACAGCAAUCCCUGUUAUUCUUAGUUUCAAAAGCAAAUACAGGUGAACUCAACCGACUUUUAAUUAUAUUUUGUUCAACCCUUAUGAAACUUAAACAAAUCUAAUAUCCCCUUCACUAGACUGUGAGCCCCAUAAUGAAAUGUUUGACUUGAUUUCAGAAAUGAAUAUGCUCUGGGGAGGUAAUGACAAGCAGCAUGCCCACGCCCAGGAGGACAGCUGGCCUAGAAUUCUUGAUUUCUUGGAACAAAACUUACAUCAGACAAACACCAGUCAAGUCAAUCAACAGUACAACCAAGGUGUUUAGCCACAUCCACACUCAACAAAGUAUUACUAAUGGGACAUGUGUACUAUUAUUGGAGUGUCACAAUUGGUGUGUUGUUAUUAGGGUGUUAUAAUUGAGGUGCUGUUAAUUGGUAGUAGUGUCAUGCUACGGUCUAUGAACGUUUGACUUCAUGGUCCUGACAUGCACGAGAUGCAUGGAGAGAAGAACACAAGUCGGGCUUACCUGAUUAGCAGACAAAAGUAAGAAAGCCAGGUCAGCAGGUGGAAAAAAUAGAUCAUUGUCUCCUAAUACCAAAUCGUUAACCGUUGUGUUUGAAUGUGGAAUUUAGCAAUUGUUUUGAAUUUAGAACUUACCAAAUGUACGAGUCUUAAUAAAGUUUAAAUAUAUUCCAAGCAGACUUGACUCUUUGAGUUUCGUGAACUCGCACUGAUCAGAAAUGAUAACAUAUGCAUAAAGGUGCAUGAGUUAAAGGGCUACAUUACAUUGUGUUGUAAUUGGUGCACUAUAAUUAAAGUUGAAGUUUUAUUUUAUUAAUUAAUAGUGCUGUUGCAGGCUAUUUCUUUUGUAUUUGUAGGUCAGCACUUUUUAAUGCUAUUGAAAUCUAAGUGGAAAGGAUGUUUUUCAUUAAUAAAUAUUUUACUCUUUUUUUUUUCAUUCUAUCUUUGAAUUGUGAAAGUGAUACACUUAUUUUUCUAUUUUUGUAUUGUGAAGGUCAGGGGUAGCCAACCCAGAUGGCCUCACCUGCCAUUUUGAGUCAAUUAUUUGAGGACCACAUGCCAUUGAGUCUUAUAUUAAAUUUUAAGAAGCCUUAUAUUAAAUCUUAUUUAAGUCUUAUAUUAAGUCUUAUAUUAAGUUUUAUACUUAUAUUAAGUCUUAUAUUAAUGGCAAAUACCUUCACAAAAAAGUGAUGUGGAUAUAUAUCUAAAUUGAAAGAAUGAAAGCAAUAGCUAAUUGAAUGAAGAAAUAAGAUCAUUUGUGAUACUUCUGGCAGGCCACAAUAUUUAAAGUGGCAGGGUUGGCCACCAGAUACACUUUGUUUUCUACCUUUGAAUUGUGAAUGUGAUACACUUGGCUUUCUAUCUUUGAAUUGUGAAUGUGAUACAUUUGGCUUUCUAUCUUUGAAUUGUGAAUGUGAUUCACUUGUCUUUUUAUCUUUGAAUUGUGAAUGUGAUACACUUGGCUUUCUAUCUUUGAAAUGUGAAUGAUAUACACUGGUCAUUCUAUCUUUGAAUUGUGAAUGUGAUACACUUAUCUUUCUAUCUUUGAAUUGUGAAUGUGAUACACUUAUCUUUCUAUCUUUGAAUUUUUAUGUGAUAUUAUACAUUCUUCCACACUUAAACAGAUCGGAAAUCUCAAUAUAAAAUGUAGCAUUAAAAGUAAAAAAAAUUGGUAAAUUUAACAAGUUUAUUUGUAGCU